UCUGAGAGUAGGCAGGCCGGUGUUUUUCCACUGCCUCGGAUGUCUCAUGUCCCCCCGUUUUGAGAGACAAAGGUCAGAAAGAGAGGCUUAUAAACAGGCUAAAAUACAGGCUACCGACGCGUUCAACCCUCAGUCGCUCUCACGGACACAGGAGGACACGGACAAGACGAAACGGACAAGGGACCACGCUCAAAGGACAUUAAAAGGACAAAAUAACACACUAUCUUACAUCAACACAUCAGAAUGGCUCAAAAAGAGAAACUUCAGUGCCUGAAGGAUUUCCAUAAGGACACUCUGAAGCCAUCUCCCGGUAAAAGCCCUGGCACCCGGCCUGAAGACGAGGCAGAGGGCAAACACCCCCAGCGGGAGAAGUGGGCCAGCAAGCUGGACUUUGUUCUGUCUGUGGCUGGCGGCUUUGUUGGUUUAGGGAACGUCUGGCGUUUCCCGUACCUCUGCUAUAAGAAUGGUGGAGGUGCUUUUCUCAUCCCCUACUUCAUUUUCCUGUUUGGCGGAGGUCUGCCGGUCUUCUUCCUGGAGGUCGCCCUGGGUCAGUUCACCUCCGAGGGUGGCAUCACCUGCUGGGAGAAGCUGUGCCCCAUCUUUACUGGUAUUGGUUACGCCUCCAUUGUGAUCGUGUCCCUGCUGAAUAUCUACUACAUCGUCAUCCUGGCCUGGGGUCUCUAUUACCUGUUCCAGUGUUUUCAGCCGGAGCUGCCCUGGGCCAAGUGCAAUCAGCCCUGGAACACCCAUCGCUGCAUCGAGGACACCUACCGCAAGAACAAAUCCCUCUGGCUGGCCGCCAACGCCUCCAACUUCACCUCCCCCGUCACCGAGUUUUGGGAACGUAAUGUGUUGGGUAUCAGCAAUGGUAUCGACGACAUCGGUCCUAUUAAAUGGGACCUGGCUCUGUGUUUACUGCUCGUCUGGGUCAUCUGCUUCUUCUGCAUCUGGAAGGGAGUCAAGUCCACCGGCAAGGUGGUCUACAUCACAGCCACGUUCCCGUUUGUCAUGCUCAUCGUGCUGUUGAUUCGUGGUGUGACGCUGCCAGGUGCUUCUGCUGGCAUCAAGUUCUACCUGUACCCUGACCUCGCUCGUCUGAAGGACCCAGAGGUAUGGAUUGACGCCGGCACCCAGAUCUUCUUCUCCUAUGCCAUCUGUUUGGGCGCCAUGACGUCCUUGGGGAGCUACAACAAGUACAAAUACAACUGCUACAGGGACUGUUUGCUGCUGGGAGCCCUCAACAGUGGUACCAGUUUUGUGUCUGGCUUCGCAAUAUUUUCCGUCCUGGGCUUCAUGGCACAAGAGCAAGGGGUGGACAUUGCUGAUGUGGCAGAGUCAGGUCCCGGCCUGGCGUUCAUCGCCUACCCCAAGGCUGUAACCAUGAUGCCUUUUCCUACACUCUGGGCAAUCCUCUUCUUCAUUAUGCUGCUGCUGCUUGGCCUCGACAGUCAGUUUGUGGAGGUGGAAGGGCAGAUCACAUCACUGGUGGAUCUGUAUCCGUCCUUCCUACGGAAGGGUUACCGCAGAGAGAUCUUCAUCGCUAUCAUCUGCUGCAUCAGCUACCUGCUUGGACUCACCAUGGUUACCAAGGGUGGCAUGUAUGUUUUCCAGCUGUUUGAUUACUAUGCAGCUAGCGGUGUGUGCCUUCUGUGGGUGGCAUUCUUUGAAUGUAUAGCUGUUGCCUGGGUUUAUGGUGUUGAUAAUUUCUACGAUGCACUUGAGGACAUGCUUGGCUACAGACCAAAUCCCUGGAUGAAAUGGAGCUGGACUAUUAUCACUCCUGUACUGUGCAUGGGCUGCUUUAUCUUCUCCUUGGUCAAAUACAAGCCAUUGACGUACAACAAGGUCUACGAAUAUCCUGAUUGGGCCAUCGGAAUAGGUUGGACUCUGGCCUUGACCUCCAUGAUCUGCAUCCCCAUGGUGGUUGUCAUCAAGAUCAUCCGAUCUGAUGGGCCGCUCAUCGAGAGGAUUAAAGCGGUGGCAGCCCCGGUUCGCGGUGGGGCCAGCUCCCGUCCCGCAGACCACCGUGGCCUCAAGGAGCUGACCUACCCUCUGGACCCCAAUGGGAACAAGGGCCUGCUGAUGAAGGCCCCCACCCACACCAUCGUAGAGACCAUGAUGUAAAGGACUGAGGGGGAGGCUCUCCAUGAGAUCGCUCUCCUCUCCUCUCCUCUCCUGUCCUCUAAGAUGCUUCUAAAGCUAGCUAGUUUUCUGUCUAUCUGUCUAUCUGUCUGUCUGGUGGACUGAUAAGGGUUUUAAGGAAAAAAAAAAAAAAAGAGUUCCCGUUUCAAAUCUUGUUGGAAUACUUUGGAAGUAGUUUGCUCUUGGUGGUUUUUCGUAAGAGGGUAGCAAUCACAUUUCAAAUCUAUUUCUGAAUUACUCACAAUUACUGGUGCUGGUCCUUUUUAUUCCUAUUUGUAAUAUCCAUGUGACUACAUGUCCCACUGUUGUCUUGUUUAAAGGCAGAGUGGCAGAUUAGCACCGGCGUCUCGUCACACGCUGGUGGAUUUAUGUUUGUUCCAGCUUUUGCAGAAAACCAGCCAUUGUUCUAAAAAAAGGAAGAAAGUGGUUUUUGAGUCUUGGAAUCAAACAGUGUUUUGUAGCCACAGUGUGAAAAAAAAACGUUUCCUGCAUUGAUCACAGAUCACCAAAAGCAGUUUUUAAGCUGUUCUUUGAAUAUUUAACAGCUCUUUUUUUCUGUGAUUCAGUGGACAGGGUGACCUAAUCGCAAGACAUGUGCCAUAGGGUUCGACUUUCGCUUAUUCUGUUCAGCUGUGUUCAGAAGAGGCCCAGUUGAGAUGAGGCAGAAUAUCGAGGCACUAGAGGUACAUUAUUAAUUGAAAACACACGUGUACCCAUGUCAGAAUUAGAGAUAGAGAUAUAAAGCCACAUAUCCCGCUUCAGUAAUAAGAAAUUCUGAUCGGAAACAUUGUGAUGUAAUUUCAGCUGCACAAGGCGAACUUUAUCGAGAGAAAUAUGACCUAAACCAAAAUCUUAAAAUGUGACUGUCAAAAGCCCCGUUUCCACCAAACACUUGCGGUAUGGCACCUUUGGAACCAGAAGUAACCCUUCAGACAGGGUACCUAGACUCUAGUGUUUCCACCACAAUAAGGAACUCUUAUGUCGGCGGGCUCACUGCUCCGUCCAGCACUCACUGUAUUUUCUUCCUUUAUCAGCCUGCACCUCGCUUACCGUCCGCAGAACGAGGCUGCACACCGACAUUUUCUUAACAAGAGUCUCUCUCCAUGGGAUAUUUAAAAAAGUGGGGUUGUGUAUUUAGUCCUUCUCAGGCAAGCUCAGGGGUUAAGUGUUGCUGUAGCCCUCAAGAACGACGCUCUGCCACUUUUUUUUUCUCCGAGUGAGGAUUGGGAUAUAACCUGUUCCAGUCGAAAUCAGUAUAUAUUUAAACGCUUGGAGUUCCACAUUACUAAAAGUGUAUGUCAUGUAGUCAUUGAAAUUUAAGGUGUGCUGAUAGAUUGAGUGACAUUAGAAGUUAACGUUCCACCUUAAAAGUUGCCGGCAGUCGGCCCAGUGAAUGAAGUUAUUUUUCUGACCGUCCUCUACUGACCAAUCAGACUGCAGUGUUCACAGCUCCAUCUUUUAGUACCAGAUCUGUGUGCUAGGUACCCCAACAGAGGGGGGACCAAACAUGGAGACGGUACAGAACGGUUCCACUGGUACCAUCCACAACUUUUUGCAUCGGAAAAAGAGCGCACAGAACUGAACUGUAACCGACUGCUCGGUGGAAACGGGGCUAAAGGGAAAAUCUCCCAGUUCCCACACAUGUUGCAUUCAUAUUCUCGCUUGGAGCUAAUCAGCAGCCUGGUGCAGCUAACAAGAAAAAGAAAUGUAGAAUUGACACAGCCAUGACAGCCGGUGGCCCCUUAUCAAACCAGGAUCCCGGUUCUGAAAUGCACCUUAGCACAAAUAUCCCCAUCCUCCAUAGCCAUAAACUAUGGGUCAGAGAGAAAACUAGCACUGAGACGGUGUCGGGGAAACCCGCUCCUGCACAAAGACACAGGUAUCUGAAAGGAUUUGAAGUGUGGAGGUUGAACCCUUGAGUGUGUUGUCUGUGGCGUACUGUACAGUAGUAGCUAAUCAGUCUAUCUAUAUCUAUCUCUCUAUCUAUCUUUCUCUGUCCUAGACCAGUUUACAGUACAUUAGUGACUGCACUAGGCACUCUUGGCUUACAAUUUUGGAUUGGAUUUAUUUUAUUUUCCACAGAGGAAGUUACAUUAUUAUUAGUUUUUCCUCUGUCAAUGUUUAGAUUUUUUUUAUUAAGACUAUAAUGUUAUUGAUAUUCACUAUUGAUGAUAAUUGCUGUAGUUUUACAUAGAAGAAGGAACACUUUGUUCAUCGGGUGAAAAUACUAAGCUAUUAUACAAAUCAUACAUUUACAGUGGCAGCCAUUGUAGUAAUAGUCCUCAUCCUUCAUUUCGCCAGCGUUGGUCCUGCCAGCAGUUCUGUCUGUGCAUCAAACAAACUGAUUUUUCCCAGAUAUUUUCUCUUUGGGGUCGAGCAUUCAGCGAGCAGUUCAACGUACAGUUAAAAAAACCAUGGGAAUUCUACAAUGGCUCCAUCUGUAAGAUCGUAGGCGAUGGGGGUUUAUAGCUUUUUCCUCUUCUGUAAAUACCAGGGGACAGUAUUUAAUUUGGAUAGAUUCAGCCAGACAGGGCACAGCAGCCAAUGGUUAAACAACAUGUCACUAACUCAAUGACUCAAAGCAACUAACAAAUCAGCCAGCGUCAGACUGUCGACUCGUCUGAGUGUCAAACUCUUUUCCAGACACUGUGAAAUGUGGCAGCUGGCUGCAGACAAAUCAGAGCCAGUGAAUGAAGUUUGGUCACGUUUUGUUUUUUUCCACAGUCACCAUGAGAGCUGGGAAGCUUCAUUUCAAACCAAAACGGCUCUAAAAAGCAAUCAAAAGGUGCAAGUUUUAGAAUUUGUACAUGUUGCAGAUUCUAUUUUCUGCAACUUAGAGGGUGUCAUUACAUGAAUAUGUUUUGUGGCACAGCAACAGUAAAUAAAAUAUAAAUAAUUCUAUGAAAACUUGAAAUGUCAGGACUUUAAAGGAAAACUUCACCUGCAAAAUGACCAUAUGUUAAUUAUUCACUGCAUGUUAACUCGAACUUGUGAAGAAUAGUUUGUUUUUCUUGCAUGCCUCUGUGGCGAACGGAGAAUCCAAAAAAGGCAAACAUUAUUCAUGAAUUGAAAAAACUCUCACACAACUUCUGCAGUGUCAUCCCAUAUUCAAGUUACAUUAUUGUCCCCAGGGAAUUUUUUUCUUGGAUAUAAAAGCUGCCACAAAAAAUUCAUAAUGCAGAAACCGACAAAGUACCGCAGGGUUUCCUACACAUUCAUUUAUUUGGGUUCACCCGCCAUGAUCAAAACAUCUGCCACCACAAAUAGGUUUUUUCUUUUGGGGGAAGAACGAUCACCAGAGCGCUGUGGGAAUAUACAUUUUUAUUUAUAUAGAUUUAUCUAGAUUUUUCCCACAUGGAAAUUCUGACCAGUCAAGAGCAACUGUCUUGUGCAGGCUUUUGAUCUGGUUUGCUUGUAAGUGCUGCCAUGAGAAUACAAACCACCUCUAGGCAAUUAUGCAACCUUGUAAGAAAAUUAGUUGCUGAUUCAGACCAAAGGAGACAACUCUAGGUCUGAAAGCAGCCUAAAUGAAAAGGAAAAGUUCGCCUUUUUGGAUUCUCCGUUCACUGUGGAGGCAUGCAAGAUAAACUAAGUUUUUUCAUGAAUUCUGCGUGCGUAUUUGAUAUACAAAUAGUCAUUUUGUAGGUGAAGUAUUCCUUUAAAAUGCUGCCUGGAAUUUAACUUAAUGCUAACUGAAAACCAAAAAUGAAUAGAGCAGUAAACUAAUAUUCUAAUUAACGAAAGCUGUGAAAUUGGACACUGUAAGUAAAUCAGAAGUUUCCGACACCCCUAAAACCUGCACUUAACAUAUGCUUACACAGUUAGAGCCUCAACGUCAGUCUUUAUAAGGCCAUAAUAAUGUCGAUGUGAGCCGUUAACAACUGAAAGCAGACUAUCUGAGAAGUAUGACAUUCACAACAUUCACUUUAACAUGUCUGUGUAACAAUGAGUUUCCCAUGUGUAAGUGUCACCAGGGACCAUCCACUCAGGACCUUCUCUGUAGUGCUUUUAUCUACUGUAUAGCUGCAUUAACCCAGCGUCCAAAAAAUUAACUGUGGGUGACUGAGAGCUAACAUUCAACGGUAGCAAUCGAAAAUUGAUGUUUUUGUCCAGCGUGAAAGGCCACUGGAUCGGUUCUCUGCCACACAGGAUGGAAAAAUCAGAGUCAAAGAGAGUUUUUAUUGCACCUUAUUUGUAUAAUUUGGACUUCAUAUCAGACGAUGAGGCCAAAAGAAAAACACUGCCAUCUUUUUAUUCAGGGUCCUAAAGUUGAAAAAAAAAAAAAAAAAAAAUCAACUAAAAA